AUGUUGUGGUACGAAUUGGGACUUCAGGAGACCCGGGCAGCCCUCCAAUCCUUCUACUGCCAGCUAUGUCAAAAAGGAUACAGCCGCAUGAACGACUAUGAAGCCCACCUCUCCUCCUACGACCACAGCCACAAGCAGCGCCUCAAGGAUAUGAAGCAGAUGGUGCGGGACCCCCAAGCUGCCGCACGCGCCAGGAGACAAGAGCAAAAGAAUGAGGGCGUCAUCUCCAUCAAGCUUGGAGAAGCUGCGGCUGGUGGUGCUGGUGCUGCUGGGGGCGGCGGCGGCGGUGGUGGGUUCAAGAAGGGCGGAUUCAAGAAGUCGGGUUUCAAGAGCGCUUUUGUUCCUGUCGGGGAACCUAAAACGGCUACAUCAGCGGCUGCACCGGCUCUAGCAACUAGGAGCGAUACAGCGCCGGAUGGCCAACAACCGGGGAUUAGGAGGGCACCGAGAAGCGAACUGGUUGAGAGCGACACCGAAGACGAGGGAUAUGAGGUUUACGAUCCUAGGAAACCGACUGACUGA